GACAGCUGCUGGUUGACAGAACCGCUGCCAAAAAUACUUCAAGUGUUUGUUUUUGUUUCUGAUUAAACUAUAAAUACUAAUAAAAUGUCCUCAGAAUCGUCAUCUGAGUCCGAAAUAGGACCUUGUAGUUCUAAAUUUGACCCUCAUAAAGUUCUUUACGCGGAAAAACCGAAGGUGCCUGUCGAAAAUGCACCUCUAUACGAAAAUUUGCAACAAUUCGAAACUGCUUUAAAGUAUGAAAGUUUAAAUCAAUCCUCUAUAAUACCUGUGGGAAAGCACGAAUUAGUUCAGAAACGUGAAGAAGAGAAGAAAAGAAAGAAGGAGGAAGAGGAGAGAUUAUUAGAGGAAAAGAACAAGCAACGUUUCGCUAAGUAUGAAGGUCUCGUACCAACGACAAGAGGUAUGAAAAAGGUGAAAAAUAUCAUGACACGCAUGGAAACGAUGAGAGGGCCUCUCGGAGCCCUGAAAGAUUGUGUUGAUCAACGGUUGAGGAUUAAGGUAAUAACUCGUAACGCGAACGGUAUACGCGGCGUGCUCCACGCGACCCUGGUGGCCUUCGACAAGCAGUGGAACUUGGCGAUGACGGACGUGCUGGAGGUUUGGAAAAAGAAGGCACCCUCGAAGAGGAAAAUACCACCGAACUUAGGUAAGCCAGUACCUCGUGGUACAGCAGCGGCCAUAUCACCAGUACCAGUGGUAACCGAAACACCACUAGGGGGUGGUGUCUGGGAGUGCACGAGGUUCGUACCACAAAUGAUGGUGAGGGGAGAACACGUCGUACUUGUUAAUAUUGUUGAACGGUAG